GUUUGAUCAUAUGUCUGUUAACAGGGUUUUUGGUAGCUGUGAUACAUCCCUCGUCAGAUUUCACAAUGUGUGGCAUUUGGGCCCUUUUCGGAAGUGAUGAAUGCCUUUCUGUCCAGUGUCUGAGUGCCAUGAAAAUAGCCCACAGAGGUCCUGAUGCAUUUCGCUUUGAAAAUGUUAAUGGCUUCACCAACUGUUGUUUUGGUUUCCACCGACUUGCAAUUGUUGAUCAGCUAUACGGAAUGCAGCCUAUUCGAGUGAAGAAGUUUCCAUAUUUAUGGCUGUGUUACAAUGGAGAAAUCUACAAUUUCAAACAGUUGAAAAAACAGUUUGGAUUUGAAUUUCAAACUUUAGUGGAUGGCGAGGUGAUUCUUCAUCUAUAUAGCAGAGGAGGAAUAGAGCAAACAGCCUCCAUGCUAGAUGGUGUAUUUGCAUUCAUCCUGCUGGAUACUGCAAACAGAAAAGUGUUUCUGGGAAGAGAUACUUAUGGAGUGAGGCCAUUGUUUAAAGUGCUGACCGAAGAUGGAUUUUUGGGUGUUUGCUCAGAAGCAAAAGGUCUUAUGAACUUAAAGCACUCGAUGUCUUCUUGUCCUAAAGUGGAGCCAUUUCUUCCGGGACACUACGAAGUAUUGGAUUUAAAACCAUCUGGUAAAAUUGCGUCGGUGGAAGUGGUAAAAUUUCACAGUUGUAAAGAUGAACCUCUGCAUGCUGCCUAUGAUACCGUGGAAAGUUUGCCUUCAGGUUUUGAGCUUGAAACUGUUAAAAGCAACAUUCGGAUUCUGUUUGAAAAUGCUGUUAGAAAACGUUUGAUGUCUCACAGAAGAAUUGGUUCUCUUCUGUCAGGAGGGUUGGAUUCCAGCUUGGUUGCUGCAGUCCUCCUGAAGCUGAUGAAAGAAUCAAACAUCACAUACCCCUUACAAACCUUUGCAAUUGGUAUGGAAGACAGUCCUGAUUUACUGGCUGCCAGAAAGGUAGCAGCUCACAUUGGCAGUGAACAUCAUGAAGUAAUAUUUAAUUCUGAAGAAGGCAUUCAGGCAUUAGAAGAGGUUAUUUUUUCCUUGGAAACCUAUGACAUUACAACAGUAAGAGCUUCAGUAGGUAUGUAUCUAGUUUCAAAAUACAUACGCAAGAAAACAGACAGUGUUGUCCUUUUCUCAGGAGAAGGCUCAGAUGAACUGGCACAAGGAUAUAUCUACUUCCAUAAGGCUCCCUCUCCUGAAGAAUCUGCGGAAGAGAGCGAGAGGCUUCUGAAAGAGCUCUACCUGUUUGAUGUUCUUCGUGCAGACAGAACUACUGCAGCUCAUGGUCUUGAAUUGAGAGUCCCAUUUCUGGAUCACCGGUUUACUUCUUAUUACCUAUCCUUGCCAGCAGAACUGAGAAUCCCAAAGAAUGGAAUUGAAAAAUAUCUUUUGAGAGAGUCCUUUCAGGAUUCCAACUUGCUUCCUAAAGAAAUACUCUGGAGACCCAAAGAAGCCUUCAGUGAUGGUAUAACCUCUGUCAAGAAGUCAUGGUUUUCAAUUCUCCAGGACUAUAUUGAUCAGCAGGUUGAUGACCUUCUGUUGGAAAAAGCAGCUGAGAAAUUUCCUUUCAAUCCACCUAAAACUAAAGAAGGCUAUUACUAUCGCCAGAUCUUUGAAAAGCACUACCCGGGGCAAAGCGACUGGCUUCCCCAUUAUUGGAUGCCAAGAUGGAUUAAGGCUACUGAUCCUUCCGCUCGCACAUUGAAGCAUUACAAGUCAACCGCUCAAGAAUAGGCUUUCCAGUAAUUCCAGAACAGAAAUGACUAGCUUUCAGGUGGCUCUGUUUUCUGUAAGAAGCCAGCCGUGCAAGCCAAUAAAAUUUUUUAAAGAAUA